AUGUCUACCCCGAUACCCCAACCGCCCGGCAUUCCCAUCCUAGGGAACAUCUUCAAUGUCAAUCCCAAUGAGACAUGGAACUCACUGAUCAAACUCGCCAAGGAAUACGGCCCAAUCUUCAAGGUUAAAGCAUUAGGCAAGCAAAUCGUCUUCAUCGGCAGUGUGGAACUCCUCGAGGAAAUAUGCGACCAGCAACGAUUCCGAAAAUGCGUCACGGGUCCUAUUGUCGAGAUGCGCCGUUGCGCAAAUGACUGUCUGUUCACUGCAUACGACAUCGAAUCGAGCUGGGGCAUCGCACAUAGGAUCAUGAUACCCUUUGUCACAGAGUCCGGCACGGAUGCUUGUUUUGACGACAUGGCGACCGUUAUCCAAGACUUGACCCGCAAAUGGACGACGACCGUCAAGCAGCCAGUGUUGAUUACGGAUGACCUGGAUCGUCUACUUAUGGCCUCUUGCAUGCAGUGUUUCUUCAAUCAGCGGGUCGAAGUCCUCCAAGGCCCAGAUCCCGCUAUCAUCCCUGCUCUGGAGCGCAUCACGAUGGAAGCAAUGAAACGGCCUAAUCGUCUGGGUCUCGUGAAUUGGCUUUUCUAUGCACGCGGCUUUGAGAAUGAUAUCAAGAUCAUGCGUGAUUUUGCGAGUGGGAUUAUCAAGAGACGCAAGGAGACGCCGGAAGAAUCGCGCAAAGAUCUUCUAGAUGCAAUCCUGAACAAUACGGAUCUGGAGACUGGGAAACAACUCAGCGAUAGAGAGGCCGUGGACGAGGUCGUGACUAUGUUCAUUGGCGCCGCCACCAGCUCUAAUCUCGUCUCGUACGCCCUGUACUAUCUCCUGGAGAAUCCCGACGCGCGAGACAAAGCAUGCGCGGAGAUCGACUCGAUCAUCGGCUCCGAUGAGAAGAUCCAACUCGACAAGCUCAAGGAGCUUAAAUACUGCGAAGCCAUCAUCCUAGAAUCUCUCCGUCUAUCAGCCGUCGCUCCGGGCUUCAACAUCGAACCUAUCCCCACGGGAGACAAAAGCCCCGUCUUCCUGGCAGGAGGCAAAUACGAAAUCCCACACGACCAAACGAUGAUCACAAUCUUGCAUUCGGUCAACCGCGACCCUGCCGUCUUCGAAGACCCGGAAAUCUUCAAUCCAGAGCGUAUGCUCGGCGAGAGAUUGGAGAAUCUCCCCAGCGGAGCGAAGAAGGGCUUUGGGAACGGUAAACGCCAGUGCUAUGGGAAGGCGUGGGCGUGGCGCUGGUCUGUUUUCACUCUUGCGAGUAUUUUGAAGGAUGUUUCGUUCGAGUUCCAGGAUCCGGAUUAUAAACUUGCUUCGAAUGGGGCGUUUAGUGUGAAGCCGUUGAAUUUUUAUGGUCUGGUUAGUCCGCGGACUAGGUGA